CUCCUCUUCGGUCUUCUCUGUAGCCUUUUUCUUUAUUGUAGGACCUCUUCGAUUUUAAGCAAGAAUCGAUUUCACUCUCUGGGUUUGAAGUGGCGAUUUAAUCCAGGCGAUCUCUUCAUCGAAAGCUCCGGCGACCUCAAUCUUGGCCGGUACACAGUCCACGACACCUCCAACGGGCUCUGUAUGUAGAUAUCUCUAUGUAUACAUAGUCUUUUUCUUGUGGUUUUUUCGAUGUCUGCUACAAAAUCCCAAGAAGCCUCUUCUUCGGCUUCUCCAUGUAGCUACCGUGUGUUCUUGAGCUUCAGGGGCGAGGACACUCGCAAAACUUUCACUGAUCAUCUCUACACAGCUUUGGACCAAGCCGGAUUUCGCACCUUCAGAGACGGUGAUGGCAUAGAAAAAGGAGAAGAUAUCAAGUCUGAACUCGAGAAAGCAAUUCAAGAGUCCAGGAUUUCAAUAAUAGUCUUCUCGAAGAACUAUGCCUCGUCAACUUGGUGCCUUGAAGAGCUUGUGAUGAUCCUCAAACGCAGGACUCUUGGACACAUAGUUCUACCAGUCUUCUAUGAUGUGGAUCCGUCUGAAGUGAGGAAGCAAAUCGGCAGUUUCAAAGAAGCAUUUACGAGGCAUGAAGAGAAGCUGGAAUCAGAAACAGGUGAACUAGUGAAAGAGAAAUUGAAGGAAAAGCUAGGAACAUGGAGGGCUGCGCUUAGAGAAGUUGCAGAUGUGGCCGGGAUGAAUUUACAAAAUCAAGUUGAUGGACAUGAGGCAAGAUUUAUCAAGAAAAUUAUAAAAGUGGUUGGAGACAAGCUAAGUCGCACUUCAUUGCACAUUGCCCCCAACUUGGUUGGAAUGCAUUCACGAGUAAAAAACAUUCAGCUUUGGUUAGAAGAUGGGCUAAGUAAUGUUGGGUUAGUGGCAAUUUGUGGAAUGGGUGGAAUAGGCAAGACAACUGCUGCAACAUUUCUGUACAAUUUGAACUUCUCUAGAUUUGAACGUAGCAGUUUUAUAGCAAAUGUUAGAGAAAUUUCACAACACCAAGAUGGUUUGCUUUGUUUGCAAAUACAGUUUCUUACAGACAUCUGUAAGACAAGGAAAGUGGAACUCAAUAAUAUUGCUGAAGGAACUCCUAUGAUUAAAGAUGCCAUAUGUGGCAAAAAAGUUUUUGUAGUUCUUGAUGACGUGGAUACACGUGACCAAUUAGAUGCACUACUUGGAAUGCGAGGUUGGCUUUUUCCAGGAAGUAAAAUCAUCAUAACCACCAGGCGUGAGCGGUUGCUAGGGGCUUAUGAAUUCUAUAAGGUGCAUAGGCUUGAAAAUCUGAGUGACGGGGAAUCCUUGGAGCUCUUUAGCUGGCAUGCCUUUGGAAAAGGUUGUCCCAACAAUGGGUAUAAAGAGCUCUCAAAAAGGGUGGUAAGCUACUGUGGAGGGAUUCCAUUGGCAAUCAAAGUUCUAGGUUCUUCUCUAUCAGGGAAUUGCUUAAACGUAUGGAAAAGUCAGUUGGAAAAAUUGAAAGCGAUUCCCAAUAGUCAAAUACUUGAAAAACUCCGAAUAAGCUAUGACUCUUUACAAGAUGACCACGACAAGCAUCUAUUCCUCAAUCUUGCAUGCUUUUUUGUUGGAAGUGAUAAGGAUUCUACAGUUACAAUCUUAGACGGAUGUGAAUUCUACACAGUGGUUGGGCUUCAAAACCUUGUGGACAGAUGUCUGAUAUCGUUUGAUAAAAGUAAUACACUGGUAAUUCAUCAUUUGCUUCAACAAAUGGGAAGAGAAAUUGUUCGUCAAGAGUCACCAAAGGAUCCUGGCAAACGUAGCAUCCUCUGGAAUCAUAAGGAAGCAUUGAAUGUUUUGAGAGAAAACAGUGGCACAAGCGAAAUAGAAGGCCUCAAACUCGAUAUGUGUCUGUUGAAAGAGGAAGCAUAUGAUUGUACGAUUUUUGGUGACAAUAGAAAACGUAGCUAUGAAGAGUUCCUUGGGAAGCCCUUAUUGUCAAAUUUGGGAGGUUCGCUUGAAAGAUAUUGUUUUAGUAUCUUCUCCUCUCAUCUCGAACCCACGAUUCUAGAAAAUUCAAAUCUAGUGGCUUUGGAAGCUGACGCAUUUGCAGGGAUGAACAAACUAAAACUUCUGCAGCUCAAUCAUGUACAUAUUAGUGGGCCCUAUAAAAAGUUUCCCAAAGGACUAAGAUGGUUAUGCUGGCGUGGAUUCCCACUUAAGUCCAUACCUGGUGAUUUCCCUUUGGAGAGCCUGGUUGCUCUUGACAUGCAAUAUAGCCGCUUAAAAAAUGUAUGGGAAGGAACCAAGUAUAUACGGUUUUUAAAAGUCCUCAAUCUAAGUCAUUCAUAUAGCCUUGCCAAAACUCCCGACGUUUCAGAACUCCCCAAUCUUGAGAGACUGGUGCUUAAAAGUUGUACAGAUUGUCGACAAACAUGAGAAAUAUGGAGUCUCUCAAUGUGCUUAGGGCAGAUGGAAUUGGUUUAUAUCAAUCUGUCCCUACCAAUGGCUGGGUGAACGCAGUGCAAUCUUUCAUCUGGCCUUGGCGGUUGAAGCCAAGAGAAAGUCCGGAGAUUUCGUGGCCUUCGAUCUUUACCACGGUCCUUGGUAAAAUUAAGUCUUGCGGAAUGUAAUCUUUCGGAUGAUGAUUUCCCAAGAGACCUUAGCAAUCUAUGCUCACUGAAGGAACUAAAUCUGUCAUCUAAUCAAUUUUUUAGCCUCCCAGAUUUCGUCAGAGGUCUUGCUAAGCUUGAGAAUUUGGCAAUACAUUCUUGCCCAAGGCUCCGCAAACUUUAUGAUGUCCCGCAACUACAUUAUUUUGAUUUCAGAGAGAAUAGAUUGCUGGAGGAACUAACCUUUCAAAUCUCGCACUGUCCAACAACCACUUGUCAUUUGGACGCAUGCAACCAUCCAGAGACUCUGGGUUUAUUCAAAUUAGAAUCCAUAGGAAAUGUUGAAGCUGAGAUCAUUAACAAUCUGGGCUUGUCGAACUUGCAAUCCAUGGGAAACCUAACUGUAAAGCUAAUGUCAUGGUUUGGCAUACAACAAAGAGUGUCUCCCCCCCAGGUGCUCUCUCUCUCUCUCUCUCUCUCUCUGUCUGUGAUGCUUAGAUUUUCUUUUGUGACACAGGUAUGUUAUGAAACACAUAUAAUCUACGCUUAUAUUCCUGGCAACAAGGUUCCACCCUGGUUCAAUUUUAAGAAUCUAGGAUCUUCAAUUGAUUUCAUUGUGCCUUCAUAUCUUGAUUCGAGGAUACGAGGCUUGAACGUGUGUUCAGUUUAUGAGCACUCUGGUGAUCCAAUAGACUAUAAACUACUUCCUUUCAUGACUGACCCAAAACAUCAUGAACCACAUACUGUCAUUAGUAAUAGGACAAAGGGCUUGAUUUGGAGCCAUUGCCCACAAGUCUUUGGAACUGCAGAAGAUGGUGAAGAUACGAUGUGGCUAAGUUAUUGGAAGUUUGAAAAUCAUCUGGACAUCAGCGAUGAAGUCAAUAUUUCAGUGUCUGGAGGUGGAUUUGUGCAAGUAAAGGAGGUUGGAGUCCACCUUUUGUACAAGGAGGAACAAGAAGAGAUGAGCUCCCAAUCAGCCUAUGAAGAUAAAGGAUCCAAUCAAGUCUAUCAAUUUGGAAAUAUCGUUCCAGGAAAUGUUUCUGCACAUCAGCCGACCUCAAUAUUGCACCAACUCGGCAAUGAUUCUAGUCUUUGCGAGUAUUGUGAGAAUCUGUACCCUCCACCUUGGAUCCCUGUCAGUCCUAAUUAUGAUUCUGAUUUGCAAUAUUGUUGGGCUUCAGCACUUAUGGCGGGGAGGUCAUUUUAUGUUUCUCAAGACCUUGGGCGUUGAUUUAUUAAGCUUCUAACAGCUUGUAUCAACGAUCGAUAUUUCGUAGUUAAUCUGGAAAAAGUAUAUUUUACAUCUCAUUUGCUCUUGUGUAAUGUAUAUGAUACUGAAGAUUUCAUGAUACUACAAAUUUAGUAGUACCAUUUUGGGGGAAUGUGAUCGAAUUUACUUUUGCGUUCUACCAAAACAAA